UUUUCCACUUCGCCAUUUUCCACUGCUGCGCCGGUAUUCACCAUAAGUGCAGAUUCGUGACUCCUUCGUAGUCUGUUCUUAGGUCCUUGGCUUCUAAUAUACCGCUAGAGAUUGUAGGCUUUUCCUUUUAGUUACAGAGUUCCGCGAUUGCCACCGUUUUUGUACUCUCUUCUGUUCGUCUUGUGAGCGAGAAAGAAUGUCCGCCGAAAGCCCCGAGUACUCCCCAUUCUUCGCAGUGAUGGGUGCAUCUGCGGCUAUGGUUUUCAGCGCCUUGGGAGCAGCAUAUGGCACAGCUAAGAGUGGCACGGGCAUCGCUGCCAUGUCGGUGAUGAGGCCAGAGCUGAUCAUGAAGUCCAUCAUCCCUGUGGUCAUGGCGGGUAUCAUAGCCAUCUACGGCCUGGUGGUAGCAGUGCUGAUCGCCAACAACAUCUCAGAAAAAGUCACUCUCUUCAAGAGUUUCCUCCACCUAGGUGCAGGCCUGAGCGUGGGUCUGAGCGGCCUGGCUGCUGGCUUUGCCAUCGGCAUCGUCGGGGACGCUGGAGUCAGGGGCACGGCACAGCAGCCCAGGUUAUUCGUGGGCAUGAUCCUCAUCCUCAUUUUCGCUGAGGUGUUGGGGCUCUACGGUCUCAUUGUGGCCCUUAUUCUCUCCACAAAAUAAAGGAAAAAUCAUCCGUCGCAUUGCUGCUGAAUGGGAAACUAAAACACAGAAACAACAAAAAUCUAAAAAGAAGGAAAAAAAAAUGUAAAAAAUAAAAUCGCUCCGUAAUUAUUAUGGUCUUAUCUCCAAAAUGUGUACAGUUGUCUCAGUUUGGUAGUCAACCUCUUGUAAAUGCGCAAUGUACGUUAGUGAGUUGUCUGUCCAGUGUGUGUUUAGAUAUACAAAGAUUUUUCUUCUUUUGUUGGAUUGGCCAAAGUCAUUGAUCUCUUUGUCUUGGAGAAUUGACUGUAAGACUAAUCUUUUUUCUUUUUUUCUUUUUUUUGAGACAGUUUCCAAUUUCCACAUAAUGUUGAGGAAACGAAUCU